GUACUCGCCAUAAAGAAUACACCAAAAAUUUUAAACUUCAUAAUUUAUAAUUCAAUUUGAUUAUCUCUGCUUAUUUGACAUUAGUAAUAAAUACAUCUACAUUAACUUUUUUCUUUUCCAUUUUUCGCAUAGGCAAAUUACAUUAAUUUUUGUAGCUAAAGAACAGAAUUUUUUGUAGCAUUAACACAAGGCAGUUGGACAAGAACGACGGUGAAGGAAGUAUUCAGUUCAUCCCGGUUUUGUAAUAGUGUUCUUAACCGGCGGCAGUAAUAUGCUCUCAGGUCUCUCUGUUCCUCUCAAUAGUCUCUCAUUCGUGGAAACACGUUUGUCCAGCAUCCCAAUUUUUCCUAAGAUGAAGGUAACAUGUGCAGUGAAUCACUCGGAAAGUGGUUCUUCUGCUCAAAAGGAACAUGAUAACAUUAAGGUGAUUAAACCUUUAGUUAAAAUGUGUGGAAUCACAUCAGCUAGAGAUGCUGCUUUGGCAGCAGAAGCUGGUGCAAAUCUUAUUGGGAUGAUUAUUUGGCCCAAAUCAAAAAGGUCUAUUUCACUCUCUGUCGCCAAGGAGAUUUCGAGGGUGGCAAGGGAACAUGGAGCUGAGCCAGUUGGGGUGUUCGUAGAUGAUGAUGCAGAGACUAUAUUAAGAGCGUCUGAUGAAGCAGAACUUGGAUACGUGCAGCUUCAUGGAAAGGGUUCUAGGGAUGCUUUUCAAAACGUAGUCAAACAAAACAAAGUAAUAUAUGUUCUUCACGCGAAUGAAUAUGGUGAACUUUUGAAUUCUAUUUCUCAUGAAGAAUGCUCUCAAGUUGAUUGGGUUCUUGUCGACAGUGCUACAGGCGGCAGCGGGAAAGGCUUCGAUUGGUCCAGGUUCCAAUAUCCAUCUAUUAGUAGCAAACAAGGAUGGCUUUUAGCUGGAGGGAUUAAGCCCGAUAAUGUGUUUGAAGCUCUUUCGACUCUCAAGCCGACUGGCAUUGAUGUUAGUAGUGGCAUUUGUGGUCCGGAUGGAAUUCAAAAGGACAAAUCGCGAAUAUCAUCAUUCAUGGAGGCAGUGAAUUCGGUUCAGUAUUGAGUGAUGGAGCUGCUGAAGCCAUGAGAAAUGUCUGUAUUCAAACCCUCUUUCUGCAAGUACCCUCAUUUUUAAUCAUGUUAAGCUUUUUCAUUUUUCCAUAAGACCACAUUAUUAUUGUAAAUUCUGAAUUCAACAGUCCAAAUCUCCAUGUUCCAUCACAAAAAUGUGUGUUAUUAUUAAAUGUAUUAUUGUUGCAUCACAAAAA